AUGGUGAUGGAGAAGCCAAGUCCCCUGCUCGUGGGGCGGGAGUUCGUGAGACAGUACUACACCCUGCUAAAUAAAGCUCCUGACUUCUUGCACAGGUUCUAUGGCAGGAAUUCUUCUUAUGUGCACGGAGGGCUGGAUGCCAGCGGGAAGCCGCAGGAAGCAGUGUAUGGCCAAGCUGAGAUACACAAGAAGGUGAUGUCCCUGCAGUUCAGUGAGUGCCACACCAAGAUCCGCCACGUGGACGCCCACGCCACGCUGAGCGACGGGGUGGUGGUGCAGGUGAUGGGAGAGCUCUCCAACAACGGGCAGCCCAUGAGGAAGUUCAUGCAGACUUUUGUGCUUGCUCCAGAGGGCUCUGUUCCAAACAAGUUCUAUGUCCAUAAUGAUAUCUUCAGAUACGAAGAUGAAGUGUUUGGGGAUUCAGAAGGAGAACUUGAUGAAGAGUCUGAGGAAGAGGUGGAAGAGGAGCAGGAGGAAAGACAACCAUCACCUGAGCCUGUGCAAGAGAACACCAGCAGUACUUACUACGAAAACCACCCUGUAACCAAUGGGAUAGAGGAGGCACUAGAGGAGUCAUCUCAUGAACCUGAGCCAGAAUUGGAAUCGGAAACAAAACCUGAGGAGCUGAAAGCUGAAGUAGAAGAGAAGACCCUAGAGGAGCUGGAAGAGAAGUCUCCAUCUCCACCUCCUGUAGAACCUGUUUCACUACCACAAGAACCACCAAAGGCUUUCUCUUGGGCUUCAGUGACCAGUAAAAACCUGCCUCCUAGUGGUACUGUUUCUUCCUCUGGAAUUCCACCCCAUGUUAAAGCACCAGUCUCACAGCCAAGAGUUGAAACUAAACCUGAAGCCCAGUCUCAGCCCCCUCGUGUGCGUGAGCAGCGUCCCAGGGAGCGGCCAGGGUUCCCACCCCGCGGCCCUCGGCCAGGGAGAGGGGACAUGGAGCAGAACGAGUCGGAUAAUCGCCGGAUCAUUCGCUACCCAGACAGCCACCAGCUCUUCGUGGGCAACCUGCCUCACGACAUCGACGAGAGUGAGCUGAAGGAGUUCUUCAUGAGCUUUGGAAAUGUGGUAGAACUUCGCAUAAACACCAAAGGAGUGGGAGGAAAGCUGCCCAACUUUGGGUUUGUGGUGUUUGAUGAUUCUGAACCCGUCCAGCGGAUUUUAGUUGCCAAACCCAUUAUGUUCCGGGGCGAGGUGCGCCUCAACGUGGAGGAGAAGAAGACCAGAGCCGCUCGCGAGAGGGAGACACGGGGCGGCGGCGAGGAGCGCCGGGAGCUGCGGCGCAGCGAGCGCGGCCCCGGGGGGCCCCGCGGCAUAGUGGGCGGCGGCAUGCUACGGGAGCGCGACGGCAGAGGACCCCCGGCGCGGGGCGGCAUGGCGCAGAAGCUGGGCUCGGGCCGCGGCAGCGGGCAGAUGGAGGGGCGCUUCGCCGGGCAGCGCCGCUGA